AACUCUUUUUUAUUUUUCUUUUUUUUCUUUUAACUCCAAAAAUUCAAAACACAAAUUUGCAUUUCCUCUUCAUUUCAUCCCAAUUUUAAUUUUAAUUUCUAGACGUUACUGUUCUUUUGCUACUUUCUCUAAAAAAAAAACACAUAAAAAUCCUCUCUUUGGUUUCAUCGAAUUGAUGGCGAUGAUGAUGAUGAUGAUGAUGAGAUUCUUUUCUUGUUUAACAGAGACUGUUAUAGCUCCCUUCGGUAUCUCUACUUUUUGAAUCCCUGAGCAAGAUUCAAAUGUCUGUUCUGGUUAAUUGUAUCUCCGUCUCUAGAUCUGUUUCAGUUCAUCAUCUCCGGUUAAGCUUCUUCGUUGCUCCGACUUGAAUCUGAUCGUUAACUCAAGCAUGUGCAGUGGUCCAGAUCGGUCAAAAUCUGACUCAACUUCAUCACCGUCUACCAUGGAAACCACACCUAACGGCAUAGAAAUGGAUCCCCAAACUGUGAAAAACCAAGAUUCUUUUUCCUGCCUUCUUGAGCUUGCUUCUAACAAUGAUGUCGAGGGUAUUCGGCAAUUGAUUGAGCAGGAUGCUUCUUCACUUGAUGAGGUUGGACUUUGGUAUACCCGCCAAAAUGGCUCAAAGCAAGUAGUUGCAAAGCACAGAACUCCAUUAAUGGUUGCUGCUACCUAUGGUAGUCUUGGUGUUGUUGAGCUUAUACUUGCUCACUCAGGGGCUGAUGUGAAUUUAUCUUGUGGUGCCGACAAAAGUACUGCCCUUCACUGUGCUGCAUCGGGUGGUUCCCUUAAUGUGGUUGAUGUUGUUAUGCUCCUCUUAUCAGCUGGUGCUGACCCAAAUGUUACUGAUGCAAGUGGCCGGCGUCCUGCUGAUGUGUUGGUUCUACAUCCAAAGCUUAAAAGCCGGAGAUCCACUCUUGAAGGGCUUCUCUGUGGAAAUACUUCUGAUGGCUCUGUUAGGGAGCACAAUUUACAGAUGUCUGUUAGCGUGUCCAGUUCCAGCUCACCAACCCUUUCAUCAUCACUCGAGAAUGGGUCGCCACCUUCUCCCUCGGAACUUGCUGCUUCUCCACUGGCCUCGAAGUUCAAUGAAGGAAAUGUUAGCUCAGCAACUGAAAAGAAAGAAUACCCGAUAGACCCAUCUCUCCCUGAUAUCAAGAACAGCAUUUAUGCGACAGAUGAAUUUCGCAUGUUUUCAUUUAAGAUCCGUCCUUGCUCAAGAGCGUACUCCCAUGAUUGGACUGAGUGUCCAUUUGUUCACCCAGGAGAGAAUGCUCGCCGAAGGGAUCCACGCAAGUACCACUACAGCUGUGUGCCUUGCCCUGAUUUUCGUAAGGGGGCUUGUAGACGGGGGGAUAUGUGUGAAUACGCCCAUGGGGUUUUUGAGUGUUGGCUCCAUCCUGCACAAUAUCGGACCCGGCUCUGUAAGGAUGGAACAAGUUGCAAUCGGCGGGUUUGCUUUUUCGCCCACACAGCUGAGGAGCUCCGCCCAUUGUAUGUCUCUACUGGAUCUGCUGUUCCUUCACCACGUUCAUCUGCAUCUGCUGCUAGCGUCAUGGACAUGGCUGCUGCAAUGAGCCUUUUGCCUAGUUCUCCAUCAUCAUUGUCUGCCAUGUCUCCUUCUCCGUUUAAUCAGCAGAUGUCUCCAUCGGCAAACAGCCUCUCACAUUCAUCAGCAGCAUGGCCCCAGCCAAAUGUUCCAACACUUCAUCUUCCUGGAAGUAACCUUCAAUCAAGUCGUUUGAGGUCUUCUCUUAGUGCCCGAGACAUCCCUCCUGAGGAUUUUGACAUGUUGCCCGAUUUUGAUGCACAGCAGCAGAUUUUAAAUGACUUGACCUGUUUUUCUCAGUCACGCAAUAAUUCGGCAUUUCUGAGUCGUUCUGCAAGGUCUAAAACACUAACUCCUUCAAACCUUGAUGAGCUGUUUUCUGCUGAAAUCUCUUUAUCUCCUAGAUUUGCUGAUCAGGCAGCUGCUUCAGUUUUCUCCCCAACCCACAAAUCAGCUGUUCUCAAUCAAUUCCAACAGCAGCAGAGCAUGUUAUCACCCAUUAAUACUACUGUUUUCUCACCAAAAAAUAUGGAGCAUCCUCUUUUGCAGUCUCCAUUUGGUGUUGGAUCUCCUGGAAGGAUGUCCCCAAGAAGUACUGAGCCAAUCUCCCCAAUGGGUGCUAGACUUUCUGUGCUUGGCCAGCGUGAGAAGCAGCAGCAACAACUACACAGUCUCAGCUCAAGGGAACUUGGAGGUAACAUUCCUGUUUCUGUUGUUGGAUCUCCAGUGAAUUCUUCAUGGUCAAAGUGGGGAUCCCCAAAUGGGAAGUUGGAUUGGUGUGUGAAGGGAAAUGAAAUGGGUCAAUUGCAAAGGUCUUCUUCAUUUGAGCUUGGAAACAAUGGUGAGGAGCCAGAUUUAUCGUGGGUCCAGUCACUUGUUAAAGAAUCCCCACCUGAGAUGCUGAAAGAGAAGUUGGCGGUUUCUGUUCCAGCUGGGACAUCAUCCGGUGAGGGUUUGAAUAAGACUAAUUCUCAAAUCGAUUCUGUUGAUCAUUCUGUUAUUGGAGCUUGGCUUGAGCAAAUGCAGCUUGAUCAGCUUGUAGUCUAGGGAAAUUUGAAUUCAUUUUUACUCAAUCCAGAAUAGUUAAAAACAUAUUUCUGAAGGUACAUAUUUCUGUGGGGUUUUGGCAUGUGAAGUAGAAUUGAGAAGUGAGGACAGUUCUGAGUAGGUGGGAACUGGGAUGCUCCAAGGAAUUUCAUUCAAUUUUUUUACAGCACCAUUUAUUGUUUACAGCGGCAUCUAUGGGAAAGAUGAAGAAGCCUCUCUCUGGGCUGUAUUUUAAAAAUCUCAGUCCAGGUGCAGGUCUUUUUCUUCCUUACUUUUACAUUGUUUUUAGGAUCAUCCUUUACUGUUGUUUCAUCUUUUACUAAGGAGAAGCAAGUAAUAUGUUUCGGUCCAUAGAAACAAGGGCUCUGUAUCUCUUUUGAUGUUAUGUUCCUUUGAUGAAUGAAUUAAACUGUGGUUGAAGAAAGAAUGCAGUGGGAAGUGGAAGAAGAGAGUCAUUCUUUUUUGAGGUUUUAUAGAUGAUGGUGCGAAUGAUUUUGGAAUGCACCAUCGUGCCAUCUUGGCUUGGCAUCAGGAAUAGGUAUCAAUUGUCUUCUGAAUGAUGUAAAACUGAUUUAAGGUUCCCUGCCCUGCUCCUUGGGGCUUCACCGUCAAUGGUUGGUGGCUUGACAAUCGGGGUUCAUCAUACCCAUUUCUUUCCCAUUAGUAGAAGGUUUUUGUGUUCUGUCCGGACGAAGCAAUUUUUUCUUUUU